AUGGCCCAAAACGUGAACGAAGCCAUCGCGGUAAUCGGAUCUGGCUGUCGCUUUCCUGGCAAAGCUAUCUCGCCUGCCAGACUCUGGGAGCUGUUGUGCCAACCGCGCGACUUAUCACAGAGGAUUCCAGUUGAUCGAUUCAAUCCAGAAGGAUUCUAUCAUCCAGAUGGAUUACACCAUGGAAGUAGCAAUGUCCGAGACUCUUAUCUUCUGUCUGAAGAUUACCAACAUUUCGAUGCCGAUUUUUUCAGCAUUAAGCCCAUCGAAGCCAACGCAAUCGAUCCCCAGCAACGUUUGCUCCUUGAGACCGUAUAUGAAGCAACUGAGUCUGCCGGCCUAAAGAUUGAGGAUAUGCAAGGCAGCUCCACUGCAGUAUAUGUUGGUGUAAUGGGAGGUGACUAUAGCGACUUGAUCUUGAGAGACCCUGAUAGUAUUCCGACAUAUUUCGCUACUGGGACUGCGAGAAGUAUCUUAUCGAACCGUAUUUCGUACUUCUUCGACUGGCGCGGUCCAUCGAUGACGAUAGAUACAGCCUGCUCAUCUAGUCUGGUUGCUGUUGACCAAGCGGUACAAACGUUACGAGAAGGACGUUCUCGCGUUGCGAUUGCUGCAGGGGCAAAUCUGAUUCUUGGCCCGGAAAAUUAUAUCGCCGAGUCGAAGCUCAAAAUGCUAUCGCCCAACGGACGUAGUCGAAUGUGGGACAUAGACGCUGAUGGCUACGCACGCGGAGACGGAUUUGCAGCCAUCGUCUUAAAGACUCUCUCAUCAGCUCUGGAAGAUGGCGACCAUAUCGAAUCUAUUAUUCGGGAGACGGGGGUUAAUCAAGAUGGAAGAACCAAAGGCAUCACAAUGCCAAGUGCCUCUGCCCAGGCAGACUUGAUGCGUGAGACUUAUAGAAGAGCUGGAUUAGAUCUUUCCAAAAGGAGUGACAGACCACAAUUUUUUGAGGCUCAUGGGACUGGAACCCCAGCGGGUGAUCCAAUUGAGGCCGAGGCUAUCAGCAGAGCUUUCUUUCCCGCCGACGACAAAAGCUCGAAGCAGUCCGAUGGCCAUGGUGUUCUCUACGUGGGCUCUGUGAAGACCAUCAUCGGUCAUACCGAGGGUACUGCAGGCCUUGCCGGCCUCAUCAAAGUGUCUCUCGCCCUUCAACAUGGUCUGAUCCCUCCCAAUUUGCACUUCAAUCACUUGAGUCCCAGUGUCGCGCCGUUCUAUAACAACUUGGAGAUUCCUAUAGCGUUGAAAGCUUGGCCGGUCAUACCAUACGGUUGCCCUCGACGCGCAAGCUUAAAUUCUUUCGGGUUCGGAGGAACUAAUGCGCAUGCAAUUCUCGAGAGUUAUAGCCCCAACUCGUUAAUGUCGCUCAAAGGAUCCAUCCAAGCAAAUCCUGUAUUCAUACCCUUCAACUUCUCGGCAUCAUCCGAGUCCUCUUUGCGAGCAUCCUUAAAAGCUUAUUCUGGUAUCUUAAAAGAAAAUGAGAGUGUAGACCUUCGAGAUCUUUCAGGAACCUUGGCGUUUAAAAGAAACGCCUUUGCUGUCAAGGCAUCCUUUUCAGGUUUGACUACUGAUAGUCUCUGCUCGAAGAUAGACUCGACUCUCAAAACCGAGGGGAGCAAUAUCGGAAUUCGAUCGGUAUCCAAGUCGCCGUCAAUACUUGCAGUAUUUACUGGUCAGGGUGCGCAAUGGGCUGGUAUGGGACGGGAGCUAAUCCUAGGAUCUGACGCCGUGCUGCAAUCCGUUGAACGGCUCGAAACGUAUUUGACUGAAUUGCCUAUUCCUGAUCGUCCAUCGUGGUCUCUCAAAAAGGAACUCCUAGCAACCGCACCCGCCUCUCGUCUUUCUGAAGCAUCAAUUGCGCAGCCGCUGUGCACGGCUUUACAGAUCAUCCUCGUUGAUUUAUUGCGGAGCGCAGAAGUGAAAUUUACAGCUGUGGUGGGUCACUCAUCCGGAGAAAUCGGUGCUGCAUACGCUUGUGGCCAUAUUUCUGCUAAGCAUGCAAUGUAUAUCGCCUACUAUCGAGGGUUCCAUUCUCAACUUGCAACUGGGCCUGACGGAAAAAGGGGGGCAAUGAUGGCUGUAGCCACUUCGAUGGAAGAUGCUCAGGAAAUGUGCGAUAUUCCUGACUUUGCAGGUAGGCUAUCUGUCGCUGCGAGCAACUCUGCAACUAGCGUGACACUUUCGGGUGAUUUCGACGCCGUCGAGGAAGCAAAGCAAAUUUUUGACGAGGAGAAGAAAUUUGCUAGGCUUUUGAAAGUUGAUAAAGCUUAUCACUCUCAUCACAUGCUGCCUUGCACCGAGAAAUACAUUGAAUCCUUGCGUCGAUGCGAGAUUAACGUCGGAGACCUUGACAACAUGAACGGCUCGUGGUUCUCCAGUGUUUACGGCGGUGAAUUUCCGGCUUCGCCUGAUUCUCUAGCAGAUGUGUAUUGGAAUACGAACAUGUUAAAUCCUGUACUGUUCUCGCAAGCCAUUGGUUGCGCUGCAUCAACGAAAGGCCCUUUUGAUGUCGUCCUCGAAGUUGGACCACACCCUGCGUUACAAGGCCCAGUCUUAGAGGUCAUUCAACAAGAAAUUGGUAAGACUAUCCCGUAUUGUGGAGUUUUGAGCAGAGGCAAAAACGACAUUGAAACUUUAUCUGAUGCCCUGGGAUUGAUCUGGAGUCAUCUUGGCGCCAGUGCCGUCAACUUCCAACAAUAUGAUUCGCUCAUGUCUGGCGGCGCAAGCUUCGAGUUUCAAGAAGAUUUACCACUAUACGCCUGGGAUCAUGAACGUCGAUUCUGGUACGAGUCUAGAGUUUCUGAAAAUUAUCGCACUCGCCAGGAUUCUUGUCAUGAACUGUUGGGAGUCAGAGUCGCCGAUGGCACAGAGCAGGAAAUUCGGUGGCGGAACAUGCUCUCGGUGAAAGAAGUCCCCUGGCUUCGAGGCCAUCAAAUUCAAGGAGAAAUAGUAUUUCCUGCGGCUGGAUAUGUUACCAUGGCACUAGAAGCGUCUUUGUCACUUGCAGGGGAACGAUCGGUCGUGGCAAUUGAAGUUCAAGACCUCGUUAUUGGUCGGCCCAUAUCAUUUGCCGACGAAGAAUCAGGAGUCGAGACUCUCUUCACGCUCACCAAUGUUAGUAACGCAGAUGGAAGUGCGACAAUGUGUACCGCCAACUUUACAUGCUACUCAAGUCCUCAGAAUCACAAGAGAGGCAGCACAAUGAUCCUGACGGCAACCGGUCACUUACAGAUUAGUCUUGGUGACGGACACUCAAACUUACUGUCUUCUAGACCCAUCGAGCCUUUAAAUCUGGUCGAAGUUGAUACAAGUCGCUUUUACUCUGCGUUGAGCGACCUCGGCUAUGGUUAUAGCGGACCCUUCAAAGGAUUGUCCACUUUGAAACGCAAAAUGGACGUAGGCACUGGUCUCGUUGCAAGCACCAACAGCACCAAUACAGCUAAGCCCAUGCUAAUCCAUCCGGCGAUGCUAGAUUCCGCCUUUCAAGCAAUAUUUCUUGGAUACGGUUGGCCAGGUGACGGCAGACUGUGGUCUAUGCAUGUUCCUACCAAGAUUGAAAAGGUAAAGGUCAAUGUAUCCCUCUGUCGUUCUGAACUGCGGGGGGAUGUUCAGUUGCCCUUUGACUGCAUUUUGAGCGACAAUCCUUUGUACCCCAUAUAUGGAGAUAUCGAUAUUUUCACCCGUGAUGGACGAAGCAGCAUUGUUCAAAUCGAAGGUGUUACGGCUGUACCACUCUCCGCAGCUUCUCGAGCGGACGACCGCAAUAUAUUUUCGGAUAUUUCAUGGAAUGUUGCUUUGCCAAAUGGUCUGAUUGCUGCCGAAAAUGACCGUGCAAAAGCUGAAGACUUCGAAUUGGCACUCCUUUGCGAACGUGUAGCACACCUAUAUCUCAUGGAACUGGAUAAAACAUUUCCACCCGAAGUCCGCGCGAGCUUGCAGUGGAAUUUCCAGAGACUCCUGGACUUUGCAAGUUAUACGGUUCGGCUAGUGGCAGCUGGCAGACACCCCUUCGCUAAGAAAGAAUGGACGCACGAUACACGGGAGCAGGUAAUUCCUCACGCGAGAAGUUUCACUGACAGCACUGAUUUGAAACUUAUGCUUGCUGUUGGUGACAACUUGCCUGCAGCCAUUCGUGGCGAAACUGAAAUAUUGGAACACAUGACUCGCGGCAACAUAUUGGACGACUACUACGUCUCUGCACUUGGGCUUCCACAAUGCACAAGGUAUAUUGCCAAAAUGGCUAGUCAAUUUGUCAAUAGAUACUCCAAUCCUAAGAUUCUUGAGAUUGGUGCGGGGACAGGGGGUGCUACUAAGAGCAUCCUCAAAUAUCUCAAGGAGCAAAACCAGACCGUUGCCUCGUACACUUUCACUGACAUCUCGGGAGGCUAUUUUGAAAAGGCCCGCGAAGUAUUCAAAGAUCUAAGUGGGAAUAUGUUGUUCAGCGUGCUUGAUGUGGAGAAGGAUGUUGUGUCGCAAGGCUAUUCCGAACAUUCCUAUGAUCUAGUCAUCGCGUCCAUGGUUCUACACGCAACCUCGAAACUGGAAAACACAAUGAAAAACGUCCGCCGCCUACUGAAGCCUGGUGGCUACUUGUUGAUGCUGGAAACAACAAGCAAUUCACCAUCAAGAAUCGGUUUUACGAUGGGUGGUUUACCUGGAUGGUGGUUGGGAGCAGAUGAUGGCAGAGCACUUUCACCUUGCGUGCCAUCAGCAAAAUGGGAUGAAAUUCUGAGGAACACUGGGUUUGGUGGCGUUGAUUCAAUCACGCCUGAGCUUGACCCUUUACCAUGCCCGCUAUCUGUGAUUGCAUCACAAGCUGUUGACAAUCGUGUCUCUGCCCUACGCAAGCCACUGCAGUCACCAACAAUUACACCACUGCCUCAAAAUUUAUUUGUUCUUGGCGGAACCACAUUGUUGACUGCCCAACUUGCAAGAGGAGUCGUGGAACUUCUCAGAGGGCGGUACAAUCGUGUCACCGUCGUGGAUCAUCUGGAAAACAUCAAUACGCUCGAUCUACCUCCAAUGUCAACAGUGCUUAGUUUGACGGACUUAGACGAACCUGUUUUCAUGUCAAUGACAACGAAGAGACUUGAGAGCUUAAAAGGCCUUUUCGAUCAGUCGAGGAAUGUACUUUGGCUUACGACAGGAUGUUUAGGCAAAGAUCCGUAUGCUAAUAUGAUCGUUGGUUUUGGUAGAACAUUAGUGUUGGAAAUGUCUCACAUUCGCCUACAAUUUUUGGAUGUUGACAUACCAGACAGCUUGGAGCCCCAGGCCUUGGCGGACGUUCUGUUACGUUUGCAAAUCACAGGCCAGUGGGAAACUGAGGGAACGAACAGCGAUGUUUUGUGGACUACGGAACCAGAGCUAGCCCUAGAUCAGCGGAGACUGAUGCUGCCGCGCGUUUACCUUAAUAAGGCGCAGAAUGAUCGCUACAAUUCCUCUCGAAGGCCUAUAACGAAGCAGUUGGACUCUAGCAAGUCCAAAGUUGGGGUUAUUCAUACCGGCGAUUCGUAUACACUACGGGAGUGGAAUAUGCCAAACCAUGCACAAAACUCCCAUGGAGCUAACUGUGUGGAUAUCAAUGUCAGACAUUCAUUGUUAUCAUCUAUCAAGAUAAGCACAGGCGCCAGCUUAUAUCUAUCGAUUGGUUCAACUUUGGAUAGUAACAAACUAGUCCUGGCUCUAUCUGAAACUCAAACAUCUGCUGUUAGCACUCCUGAAGCUUGGACAACACCCUGCGAUAUCGCUGAAAACCAACAGCAGCAUUUUUUGCUUUCAGUUGCUCACAAUCUCGUAGCUCAGUCGAUACUGGCACUCACUGACGCUGACGAAACCAUUCUGUUAAACGAGCCAGGAGAUUCAUUUGCCCGUGUCACCACACAGAGGGCUGCCGAAAAGAACUUACACGUUGCAUUUGCAACAACAUCUGCUGAAAGAGGCUCUCCCUGGGUCUUAAUCCGCCCAAGCACAUCGAAGCGCCUGGUCAAAAGCAUGCUACCUGAUCACGUGUCAGUCUUCAUGGAUAUGUCCUCAACCAGUGAUUCUGAAGAGGCUGUUGGGCACCUAGUCUCUGCUUGCUUAUCGCCUGCUUGCAGAAUCGUAAAAUCAUCUGUCAUUUUCAGUCCUUCCGCGAUCGUGCUACCUAAGUUUUCAACCGAGCAAAUCGCGAGACAGCUGAAACAUGCUUCACAGCAUGCCGAAAUCCCCAAAUCGCAAGAGCUCAUUCCCCCCAAAGAAGAAACUUUGCUUCUAACAGAUUUCCCCAAGUCUCUUUCUUCUACUAGUCGAUUCUCAUUGAUAAACUGGACGCAUCAAGCCCCUGCCCAGGUCAAUCUCGAGCCUAUAGAUUCGAAACCUAUGUUCUCUAAGGAUAAAACUUAUCUUCUUUUUGGCUUGACUGGUGGUCUUGGCCAGUCACUCACUCAAUGGAUGGUUCACCACGGCGCUAGAUUUAUUGUACUAACGAGUCGGAAACCAAGCGUUGAGGCGCAGUGGCUUAGAGAUCUUGAAGCGCUUGGUGCUACCGUCCAAGUUUUUCAAAAUGAUAUUACCGACGAGCAGUCAGUGCGGAAUCUCUGCGAUGAAGUACGCAAGACUUUCCCACCCAUUGCUGGCAUAGCCAAUGGUGCCAUGGUUCUUGACGAUACACCUAUCUUGAAUAUGACCAUUGAGAAGCUGGACAAGGUUCUAGCUCCGAAGGUUAAAGGUAGCAUAUAUCUGGAUAAACUUUUCGCCAAUGAUGACUUGGAAUUUUUCAUUUUGUUUUCCUCUUUGGCCUGCGUUUUAGGUAACAAAGGUCAGUCGAAUUAUACCACAGCAAACUCUUUUAUGGUAAGUCUUGCCUCCCAGCGAAGAAACCGGGGUCUCGCAGCCUCCGUCAUCAAUAUAGGAGCAACAGUUGGAAAUGGAUAUCUCACUCGCGAACGAAGCCAAGAAUUGCAGGACUAUCUUCGCAAAGCUGGCUUCAUGUGGAUGUCGGAGCGAGACUUUCAACAGGUGUUUGCCGAGGGCGUCGUCGCUGGCCGGGUAGACUCGGGUCAGAGUGGUGAGGUGGUGAGUGGUUUACGUGUGACCAAUGACGCGGAAGAAAAGACUAUCUGGUACAACAAUCCUAAAUUUCAACAUUGUAUCAUCCGCCAAAGUGUGGAUGAAACGAAUAGCGAAAAGGCAAAACCGAUCGUUCCACUCAAGACAGAGUUGUUGCACGCGACAAACAAAGAGGAGAUCGAGCGUAUACUCAAAGAUUCUAUUGUUCUCAAACUGCGAACUGCGCUUUUACUUAGUUCCGAUAGUGCCGACAUGAUGGAUAAGAACGCUGAUGAUCUAGGUAUUGACUCCCUAGUGUCAGUAUCGCUGCGCUCCUGGUUCUUAAAAGAACUCCACAUAGACAUGCCGGUCAUGAAAAUACUAGGUGGUUCGACUAUUGGCCAGCUACUAUCAUUCGCCGUGGUGAAGUUGCCGGUCGACCUUACUCCAAAUUUGAAUGCAAGCAUUUCUUCUCCCAAAUCAAAAAUCCAUUCAACAGAUUCAGCGCCGACUGUGAAAGAAAGCGACGUUCGAGAAACCUCUGAAACUUAUAGCAAAGUCGAAUCGUCAAGUUCCUCAUCGUCUGUUUCAUUGAUUCAAAAGGAGUCGUCAGAAACCGGUUCCUUUACUCCAAUAUCGCCUUCAUCAUCCUCGUUUUCCAUGGCGACACCAAGUGAUAAGCCCCGCUCUACCAAAAGAUUCUUCAAAAGGACCCAUAAAAUGUCCUUCGGCCAAUCUCGGUUCUGGUUCUUGACGUCCUUCCUCGCAGAUAAAACGACAUUCAACGUUACUUGUUCCAUCCACGUCACAGGUCCUCUAAUAGUUAAUCAAUUUGCAAACGCAGUGAAGUCAAUAGGCCAGAGACAUGAGGGGUUGCGAACUUGCUUUUUUGAUGAUGAGGACCAAGGUCCGAUGCAAGGGAUACUCGAGAACUCACUGCUGCACCUCGAGCAGAAGACCGUAGAGGAAACUCAAGUCGUCAUCGAAUUCGCAAGGAUGAAGGCCCACGUCUAUGAUUUGGAACACGGCGAGACGAUGAAAAUCUUGCUUUUAUCGGAGUCGACAGCGUCCCAUCAUCUGAUCAUUGGGUAUCACCAUAUCAACAUGGACGGAGUUAGUCUUAUGGUCCUACUUUCCGACCUAGAGAGGGCUUAUAGUGGCAAGCCUCUAGCUUCUGAUAUCCUUCAGUAUCCCGAAUUUUCCGAGAAACAGCGCCAACAACACACGCUCGGGAAUUUUGAAAACGACAUUAUCUUCUGGAAAAGGGAGUUUAAUGAGCUGCCUCCUACACUGCCCAUUUUAUCACUUUCUACGGUCACCACUCGUCGUGUUAUAGCAGAUUAUAGUUCAAACAAAGCGGAAGUUAGGAUUAGCGCCGCAUUGUCGCAAAGUGUUCGAAAAAUAUGUCGGGAAGCCAAGGCCACUCCCUUUCACUUCUAUCUUGCAGUGUUUCAGAUCCUUCUUACCAGAUUUUCGGGUGUGGAUGAUAUUUGUAUAGGUGUUGCGGACGCCGGCCGAUCUGAUAGUGGUGCUUUUGAGAGCAUUGGGCAUUAUCUAAACGUAGUGCCGUUGCGUUCCAAGCUGCAACGAUCUCAGAGCUUCUCUAGUAUCUUGGCGAACGCCAAGGCUAAAGCUUAUGCCGCACUUGCUAACGCGAAUGUUCCAAUCGAUGUUCUCUUGAAUGAGCUGGGCGUUGUAAGGUCAACCACCAACAGUCCUCUUUUUCAAGCGUUUAUCGAUUACAGAAAUGUACCGGAAACCCAGACGUUUGGGAACUGCAAGUUAGAAGGACAAGAAUACUCAGUAGGGCGAACUGCUUAUGAUAUUCUCUUAGAUAUCGUGGACAAUAGUGCAGGCGAGUCGCUUUUAUCGAUCGUCGUUCAGCAAGAUCUGUACACUAAUGGUGAUGCGGAUAUCCUCAUGAAAGCCUUUAUAAAUUUGAUUGAAGUCUUUGCAGUCGAUCCCCAAGUGGGCAUGGAAGCGCCUUCAUUGUAUUCGCUAGUGGAUGUUGAGGAUGCAAUCAAGCUGGGUACUGGUCCUAGUCUAAAGUCAACUUGGGAAGAAACUUUACCGCAUCGCAUUGACUCCGUCGGCCGAAAAGCCGGAUCGCAAGUUGCUGUAAAAGAUGGACUUGGUCACAAGCUCACCUACACUGAAUUGAUGAAACGGACCAACACGAUUGCCAGUGAACUCUCGGGGGCGAACAUAUUCCAACAACCCAGUCCCAGGGUCGCAGUAUUCCAAGAGCCCACUGUGGAUUGGGUAUGCUCGGUUUUGGCCAUUAUGCGGCUUGGUGCAACAUACGUGCCGCUUGAUUUACGUGCGCCCCUUCCAAGAUUGGCUACCAUUGUCAAAGAUUGUCACCCACAAGCACUUCUCUUCCACAACGCAACUUCAGAUUAUAUAAACAAGCUCGACUUGCUUGAUACUGCUGCCAUAAACAUAUCCCACCUCAACUCUCGUGACGUCGAGGUAUCCAAUUGCGCCAAUCCUGAUUCUCCAGCAGUCAUUCUCUAUACUAGUGGAUCUACUGGCGUACCCAAAGGCAUUUGCCUCCACCACAGAGCUAUCAGAAACCAGAUAGAGGGCUUCUCAGAGCGAUGGGAGAUCACGUCUGAUAUAGUUUUGCAACAGAGCGCAUUUAGCUUCGAUAUCUCCUUGUGGGAGAUGUUCACGGCUCUAGCAAAUUCUGGAACCGUCUUCAUUGUGUCUAAAGCGUCGCGUGGAGAUCCGGUUGCUCUGUCGAAGAUCAUUUGGGAUGAAAGCAUUACACUCACCAUUGGGGUAACUUCCGAGUAUAUCACGUGGCUCCGUUAUGGUGAAGCCAAAUAUCUGCAACAAUCAAGCUGGAGACUGAUGCUUUGUGGUGGUGAGCCAUUCUCGGAUAUACUCAAUUCUGAGCUGAAAGCUUUGGGUAAACCGGAUCUUCGAGCUGUCAACGUCUACGGGCCGACAGAAGUAUCCUUCUUUUCCAACGAGCUUGAAGUGCUGUACAAGGGAAAAGGCGAUGAUCUCAAGUUACCCAUGCCCGUUGGGCCAGCCGGUUCGAACUACUCCAUCUAUAUUUUGGAUGAAAAUCUGGAUCCCGUCCCCGCUGGUGUUCCUGGCGAAAUAUAUAUCGGUGGGGCAUCAAUCGCCACGCAAUACAUCAAUGACAAGGCACUCAGCAGCCACAGAUUUCUCGACAAUAAGUUUGCUUCGCCCGACUGGCUUUUAAGAGGAUGGAAGACAAUGCAUCGAUCAGGUGACUGGGGUCGGCUACGGAAAGAAGAUGGUGCUCUUAUGUUCGAAGGCAGAAUUGUGGGAGAUACCCAAAUCAAGCUGAGAGGUCUUCGAAUUGAGUUACGCGAUGUAGAGAGCACUAUUCUUUCCCAAGCGACUGGGGUGCUGGAAGACGUUGUGGUUUCAGUCCGUGGAGAUCCACAAUUCCUUGUCGCGCAUGUGGUAUUCCGUGGCGAUUAUCACUCCACAGAAGAAACGCGCGACAAAUAUCUCAAGCGGCUUGUUUCUUCACUACCUCUGCCACAAUACAUGUGCCCAGCUAUGGCCGUGACGCUGAAGACGAUGUUGUUGAACAAUCAUUCUAAGAAGGACAGACGUGCUAUCAGCGACCUUCCUCUUCCAGAAAAACAUGAUAGAAUGGAGCUGGAUAGUAGCCAUGCUCUCACGCCUACUGAAACACGACUAAAGGAUAUUUGGGAAGUCGUCCUUACCAAACACAUUCUGGUUUCUCACACAAUUAACGAGGAUUCGGAUUUUUUCCACUCCGGUGGCAACUCUAUGAUUUUAAUGGCGUUGCAAUCCAGUAUCAAGCAACAUUUCUCUGUUUCUCUUCCGUUGGUCAAAUUGUUCGAGGAAAGUACUCUUCGCCGCAUGGCAAGCUGUAUAGAAAGUGGAUCCGUUCAGCAACAAGCCAGCCUGGAUAUCAACUGGAAGCAGGAAAUAGAACUCGAUGCUAAUACUUUGACGGCGCCAGCAUAUCGAGAAAAAGCGCAACCACAUGAGCCAAGGGUUGUGUUAUUGACUGGAUCUACUGGCUUCCUUGGUAAAGCCAUGCUUCGGCAACUCGUGGAACAAGAAAGCAUCCAGAAGAUAUACUGCAUAGCUGUACGUGGCGAGCAACGAUUUUCAGAAUUUCCUUCCAAGAAGAUAAAAGUUUACGCAGGGGACUUGACUCUGCCACGGUUGGGUCUCUCACUGAAGGAUGCGGAAGCCGUCUUCAAUGAAGUGGACACCAUCAUUCACAACGGUGCUGAUGUGUCCUUCCUGAAGACCUAUUCAACGUUGAAAGCGGCCAAUUUGACCUCUACUGUGGAGUUGGCAAAUCUCGGUCUCAGGGGAUCGCAGCCGCAGUUCCAUUACGUAUCUUCAGCCGGUGUCGCGCAGCUCACAGGCAAAGAGGUCAUUGAUGAAAGCUCUGUAGUCCAAUAUCACCCACCAACUGAUGGUUCAAAUGGAUACUCUGCCUCAAAGUGGGCCAGUGAAGCAUAUCUGGAAAGAGUACACCAGCAUUCAGGGUUGCCCGUAUUCAUCCAUCGUCCAUCAUCAAUCAUUGGAGAAGAUGCCCCAGAGUUAGAUAUCAUGCAUAAUCUACUGCGCUAUUCUCGAAAGAUGAAGGCUGUGCCUGAUCUUUCUUCAUGGCGAGGUUGGUUUGAUUUCAUCCCUGUGGACGACGUUGCCUCGGGGAUUUUGAAGGCAACCUCUCUCCAUAGAUCGUUGCCAAGUCCUGUGUUGAAGUAUAUCCAUCAGUCUGGACAGAUAGAGGUGCCCAUUGGUGAUUUCAAAACAUUUUUGGAAAACGAGAGCAAGGAUGAAUUCGAGAUGUUUUCUAGUGAUGAUUGGAUUCGGAGAGCGCAAGAAUCAGGUCUACACGAGUUGGUUGCGACAUACAUGUCUCAGGCGGCAAGCGUUCCUGUUGUGUUGCCGAGGAUGGCUAGAAGUGAUGUAUGA